GCGAAUCGCAGCAAGCUGAAAGCCUACACUGAGGAGAAGCAGCUGGGCAUUGACCGUUCCGACUAUUUGAUGCCUCAGAUGCGAGCCAUCGACCGGCUGCAGCAGCAGUUCAGUUCUUUGAUGCCAGGCCACGACGCGCCUGAGGACAGAUGCGAGUGCGGCGCCGAAUUCACGGCUGACGCCAAGUUCUGCCGUCUCUGCGGCCGGCGGCGGCAGACGACCGGCACGCCGCGGGCGUCGUUGACGGCACCUUCUUCGGCCAGGUUUAGCCCUCGAACGGAGGCACCGAGGGAUUUUACCUCCAUGGCGUCGCAGCUGCACCAUCUGCAGGCUCCAUCCUUAUCGAGUUCGCCGCCAUCGGCGCGACGCCAGAGUCUGGGCUACGCACGAAACGAGGUGACCCGGCCUGACCGACCAGUGGAUCCUGGACUUCCCGAUUCACAACUCCCUGCGCUGCGUGCUGGUUCUCCUCCAG